ACCAGCCAGCACUAGAUUUGAUCUAGCCAGAGAGGGCAACGAUCUGUGCUGUGAGCUCAUUUCUAUAGGAGAACUGUUCCCUCCCUCCCAAGGUACACAAAUUUCUGCUUGAAAGCGGCCCUACCUCCCUGCUCAGCGUUCCAACUGGAUAAAACUUGGGAGGACCAUGGCGACCUACGUUCUUCAAAUGGCUGCACUGGUGCUUGGUGGUGUUGGCAUGGUGGGCACAGUGGCCGUGACUAUCAUGCCUCAGUGGAGAGUGUCUGCCUUCAUCGAAAGUAACAUUGUGGUUUUUGAGAACCGCUGGGAAGGUUUGUGGAUGAACUGCAUGAGACAUGCCAACAUCAGAAUGCAGUGCAAGGUCUACGACUCUCUGCUGGCUCUUAGUCCAGACCUCCAGGCAUCCAGAGGACUGAUGUGUGCUGCGUCGGUCCUGGCUUUCUUGGCUUUCCUGACAGCCAUCCUUGGAAUGAAGUGCACCAGGUGCACGGGGGACGAUGAGAACGUCAAGAGCCGCAUCUUGCUGACAGCCGGAAUCAUCUUUGUCAUCACCGGCUUGGUUGUGCUCAUCCCUGUCAGCUGGGUUGCCAAUUCCAUUAUCAGAGACUUCUACAACCCACUGGUGGAUGUGGCCCUAAAGCGCGAGCUUGGAGAAGCCCUCUACAUAGGCUGGACCACAGCGCUGGUGCUGAUCGCCGGAGGAGCACUGUUCUGUUGCGUGUUUUGUUGUACUGAAAGGAGCAGCAGUUACAGGUACUCGGUACCAUCCCAUCGCACCACUCAAAAGAGUUUCCACACAGAAAAGAGAUCUCCGAGCAUCUACUCCAAAAGUCAGUAUGUGUAGAUGUGUGUGUGUGUGUGUGUGUGUG